AUGAAAUUCAACCGCACCAUUUCCGUAAUCGGAUGCCACUGCGCCGGCGAAGUCUGCGACGUAAUCGUCGGCGGCGUCCUCGAUCCUCCCCACUGCAAAAGCAUGUACGAAAAGCUCCUCCACUUCUCCCAGAACGCCGAUGAAACACGUCAGCUCCUCCUUAACGAGCCCCGCGGGCGUUCAGCCAUGUGCACCAACCUCGUCCUGUCCCCGUGCGAUCCCGCGGCUGAUGCCGGAUUCAUUAUCAUGGAGAGUGAUGAGUAUCCGCCCAUGUCCGGGGGUAAUACGAUAGCCACCGCUACAGUGCUGUUAGAUACGGGGAUGGUGAAGAUGACAGAGCCAAUUACAAAGUUGAAUUUGGAUACACCGGCGGGGUUGGUGGGUAUUACGGCUGAUUGUGAGGAUGGAAAGUGUAAGGCUGUUUCAUUUGAUAAUGUACCCUCCUUUGUGUAUGUCUUGGAUUUAAAGGUUGAAGUGCCUGGUUUGGGAACUGUGUUGGUUGAUAUAGCAUGGGGUGGGAUGAUGUAUGCCAUUGUUGACGCUGCAUCGAUUGGGGUGGUCAUCGAUAACACCAAGGGACCUCAGCUGAUUGAUCUUGGUGAAAGGAUUAAGAAGGCUGUUCGGGAGACGUAUACACCAGUUCAUCCUGAGAAUGAGCAGAUCAGAGAUGUCACCAUCGUGGAAUUCACAGAGCCACUGCAGAUUAAGCCAGACGGCACCAAGUCUGCCGUGAACACAGUUGUUGUGUCACCGGGAAGAUUCGACCGAUGCCCCUGUGGCACUGGAAGCUGUGCUCGAAUGGCAGUUCUGCAUGCUCGAGGGCAGCUUCAGGUUGGGGAAAGUUUCGAUCAUCACAGUAUUAUUGGGAGUACAUUUACUUGCCAUAUAAGAGGGACUACAAAGGUGGGAGAAUUUGAUGCAGUACUGCCAACUGUCAAAGGGAGUGCGUGGAUUACCGGCUUCAAGCAGAUGGUGCUUGAUCCAUCGGAUCCGUUUCCGACUGGGUUUAGAGUCGGUGACCAGUGGCAUGUAACUGAAUAG